GGGGUAAGAUCAACCGACUUCCGGCCAGGCCGUUGUCUGGGUGGCGCGGUCGAGUCAUCGUUGGGCCUCGCCGCUUCGAUCUCCUAUCCCUUCCCCCCCACCCCCCGCCCCAGCGCGGGGGGUCGACCAGUCAAGUGGCGCGGGAGGCGUCUCGGAUCUUCCCCUUCAUUUCGCUGUGGCCAGCUCCCUGGCUCCCCGCGCUGGGGGUCUGGGGUCCUUGGGGGCCCGCGAGGCCCGGUCUGAGGGGCCGGGGCCUACGUGGGCCCGCCGCUGGGCCCCAUGAGGCAUAGCCUGACCAAACUGCUGGCGGCCUCAGGCAGCGACUCCCCAACCCGCAGCGAGAGUCCGGCGCCGGCCGCGACCUGCUUGCUGCCCCCGGACCUGACCCGGGCGGCGGCGGCGGCUGCAGCGGCGGCGGCGGAGGAGGAAGAGACGGCGGCGGCCGGAUCUCCCGGCCGCAAGCAGCCGCGCGGCGACGAGGGCGAGUUGGAGGCCGGGAGGGGGGGCCGCGGCGGCGUGGCCGUGCGCGCGCCCUCGCCCGAGGAGAUGGAGGAGGAGGCGAUCGCCAGCGUCCCCGGGGAGGAGACGGAGGACAUGGACUUUCUGUCCGGGCUGGAACUGGCAGAUCUUUUGGACCCCCGGCAACCGGACUGGCACCUGGAGCCCGGACUCAGCUCGCCCGGGCCUCUCUCGUCGUCCGGCGGAGGCUCGGAUAGCGGCGGCCUGUGGAGAGGGGACGACGACGACGAGGCCGCGGCUGCCGAGAUGCAGCGCUUUUCUGACCUGCUGCAGAGGCUCUUAAACGGCAUCGGAGGCUGCAGCAGCGGCAGUGACAGUGGCAGCGGCGAAAAGAGGCGGAGAAAGUCCCCAGGAGGAGGCGCGGGCAGCAGCGGCAACGACAACAACCAGGCGGCGACAAAGAGUCCCCGGAAGGCGGCGGCGGCUGCUGCCCGUCUCAAUCGGCUGAAGAAGAAGGAGUACGUGAUGGGGCUGGAAAGUCGAGUCCGGGGUCUGGCAGCCGAGAACCAGGAGCUGCGGGCCGAGAAUCGGGAGCUGGGCAAGCGCGUGCAGGCACUGCAGGAGGAGAGUCGAUACCUACGGGCCGUCUUAGCCAACGAGACCGGACUGGCUCGCUUGCUGAGCCGGCUGAGCGGCGUGGGACUGCGGCUGACCACCUCGCUCUUCAGAGACUCGCCCGCCGGUGACCAUGACUACGCUCUGCCCGUGGGAAAGCAGCAGCAGGACCUACUGGAAGAGGACGACUCGGCGGGAGGAGUGUGUCUUCAUGUGGACAAGGAUAAGGUGUCGGUGGAGUUCUGCUCGGCGUGCGCCCGGAAGGCGUCGUCUUCUCUUAAAAUGUAGGGUCAAGUAAUCUGCUCUUUAUCCGCGUUUACCCCUUUCAACUCCCUUACACCAUGUAAAACACCUUAGUGGGACAUCUUCACUGGACACAUUUCAGAGGAGGAAAACAGUAAUAUUGAAUCUUUAAGUGUUUAGCUAAAAGCAUGAAUGUGACACUGUAACCAACUCCUAAUGAUAACAUGUGACUAUUAAAUCUCUCUGACAGUUUCUUUUUUAGGUGAUUUCCUUCCUGCCAGGCUCCGUUGUAGGGGUUACAGAACAGUCGUUCCCGCCUCACAACCUGGUAAGGAUCCAUCUCUUCACGUAACGCUCAUGCUCUGCUGCUUAGUCUACUUUAAUGGGCAACAUCUCAAUAUGUGUGUGUGUGGAGGUUUUUUUUUCUUUUUUUUUUCUUUUUUCUUUUUUGGAAGGUGGGAGGGGAAAUCUAAUUUGGGCCCUGUCCACCCUGGAAACAGACUUGUGCUGGUCAAUAAUGUAUUUAAGAUGCUUCUUCUGGUUGAAAUAGCUGUUAAUGUGUCCCCUUGUUCAGACUUGCGUGUACCUAGCUCUUCUGUCCCCAGUGUGGACAUGGCCUUGGAUGACAUCGGUUCCAACUGUACACUGAAAGCUGCUAAUAGAGAUACAGUUUGGAGACAGUGAAACAGGUGAAGUUGAAUGGAAGUUCCGAGUUGUACAAGGUGCAAAUUGGAAUUCCAAUGUUAGAGCAACUUUUUAGAGGCUGACAAUAAGUAUUUGGGGCUUGCACAAAUGUGAUAGUUAUUUUGCUGGAGAUGACAGAAAUGUCUUAAAUAUUUGGGAAUGCCAUUUAGUUUUCAGAAGGAGAUGUAGAAAUACAAAGUAUUCAGAGUAAAAGAUUUUAAUAUCUCACCAUUAGAGAGGUUGGAAAUUAACAUGCAUAUCUGUGUUAUUGAAGGAGGAGUAAUAAUGGUUAAUGAAAUGUUUCUUUGAGGACCAGCACAGUGAUUACCUUAUCACUGAGUAUAAAUAAAUUGUUAAACACUUUUACUUUUGUUGUAUUAAAAUUUUAGGUUAAAUUUAUGUAUGAUUAGAUAUUGAAGGUUGUGAAAUGUGAAUGAAAACGUGUAAAGUGAGGCUUCACAAAGAAUCUUACUCUCCUUAUUUCAAAGGUUUUUGUCCUAUUUAAAAAUAAUUUUUAAAGUUGAGUGGUUCUGGCUACUCAAGAACACGAUUGACACUUUUUCCAAAGAUGGGACAUAUUCUUCCCUUGAAGUACUGUAUUAUCCAUUGUCUGAUUGUAUAGAUUCAGUUACUGUGUCCUUCAGUGUAAGAGGCAUUAAGAAAUUCUUUGUGAAACAUCACUGUUUGAUAAAGUAUAUACAUAUUUAGCAUCCUUGUUUUUCUUUGUGCUAAAGUGGAUACAGCUGUUGGGGCAGAAGAGACGGGACCAGCUGCUGGCCACAUUUCCUGCUUUAUUUUAAAAGGUAGUAUAAGAAAUGAGGAAAAAGAGGUAAUAUCAGGGCUUCUGCUGUCUUUUAUUUUAAAAUGUUCAUAAUUAAAAAGUAUUUUCCAGCAGUCCAAAGAUGUAAGUUAUCUUACACAUAAAAUGUUUUGUUGUUAUUUGGUUAUAAAAAUGGAAUCCUUGUUCUUGCACAACUGUAAAUGUUUUGUUGCUAGAUAACACAAUUUGAGACCUAACUUGGUCUCUGGUUUCCAGUGCAUUACAGCAUAUUUUGUAAAAUCAUCUACUGCACUUGAGCAUGAAUGGGUAAUAGCCAAACUCACAACCUGGAGUGAUGAACCUGCUUAUACCUAAGUGCAGGAGCAAGCCCCUCACAAUGCAGCUGCAUGGAUUUUUAGUGCCUACUGAAUUACAUAUAUAUAUAUAUAUAUAUAUAUACACACACACAAACCAAAAGUAGUUGGAAAAAUUAUUUGAAAUGACUAAUUUGUGCUAUCUCUAUGGAAUAUGUUAAAUGUAGCUUUUUGAAACAGAAGCCUUGAAUUGAAAUUUAAUUAAUACUUGAACAUUUUGUAUAUAUUUCUUUGUAUAUAAUUUUGUGCAGUACCAAUGACAAAAAUAUGGUGUCAUAAUAAAACCAGGUUUGUUGAUCUUUCAGUUAUGGGCUCAAAGAAUUUAUUCAUCUCUAACAUGACAUUGGAAAAUAAUGGAUGAAAAUAGGAAAAAUGAUUAUUGUUAAUGCUGACUUUGGGUCUUAAAAGGUUCUGGAAGCAGUAAGUGUGUUUUUCUAAAAUACCAUUCCCUUGGAAUAUUUUCUUCCUAAUGUCAUUGCUUUUCCUGCAUUAUUUGAAGUUUGGGGCUGGGGAGAAAUAGUAGUCAGAGCUUUCUGAAUUGGAAUGCUUUGAAAAUUCUAAGUGUAGAUUUUUAGAAUGUCAUUUUAUAAAUGGCAGUUUUUGGAAAUACUUGAGUAAGAACUUUUGAGAAUGGAGAUUAGUAUCACCUAUUUUUAAAGCUGCUUAUUUAGGUUACUUACGUUUUAACUGUCUUUUCUUAGUUUCCAUUUCAUUCUCCUUUUUUUUUUUUUUUCUUCCCUAAUUUUGGUGACUUAGUGAUUUUGUCAUUUUUUACAUCAACUUCAUGGUCUUGUUUUUACAUGGUAUUGCAUGUAUUUAGGACCUAACAGGGGCUUUAAAUAAAUUUGAUCAUAUUUAUGUGUAAGCACAUUUUACUGUAAAUGUUUGGGUUUCUGAAUUUACAACAGAUCUGUUUAUUUCAGUAUGUAGUAAACAAUAUCUUAAAGUGUCCGAUUCACUACUUGUUAAUUAAAAAAAGUUAUGAUUAAUAUGAAACUGUUGUCUUACUAUUUUUAGAGAAUUGUGUUCUGAAUGAUUAGUAGUUGGAUAAAGGAGAUUUCUGGAAUAUAAUAAGGAUUGUUUUGAAAUUUUAAGGUUUGGCUCUAUUUACUGUAGUGGUUGAAAACAACUUAGUAUUUGGGAAACUUUUUUUUUUUUUUUCCCCUAAUUGCCUCUAUGGCAAAAUGAUGCAGAAUUAAAGAGGUAGUUUUUUUUUUUUAAUAUUUGCCUUCUGAUGGUGACAGGAAUUCAUACAUUAAUUGAACUAACACAUCAUAUUGACCUCCUAUUUCUGUCAUAUUGACUUACUGUUUCUGCACUUUCUUGACCAGUCCUAACGAAAAAGUCCACAUUUGUUAAAAUGUCGUCACACCUCUGAUAUAAUCCGACAAAAAGUGUUCAAAAUAUUUUAAAUAUUUGUGCAUUUUGUAAUCACUAAAUUAAUCUCUCUCUCUUCUCUUUAAACAGCUUAGCAGUGUCUGCAAAAACGAAUCUUUUCCUACAACCUGUUAACUGACUGGACUGAUGGUAACAAAGUAAUUGUGGGAGCCAUGUCGGUCAAAAAUUUGGCAUCUGCUGAAAAAAAUGAAUGCCAUAUUCAAGUUCCCAAAUUACUUCUGUACUGAUUUCACUUUCCAGAUUUCACUUUCCAGAAAUGGAGAUAUGAAAAGAUUCUCUGGAAUCCUUGAAAGACUUAAUAGAAAUACAUGAGACUAAGUUAAUUUUGGAACAAAAUCAUACCCUUUUGUCUUUCAUGGGAGUGAUACUCAGUUCUUGCAUACUUUUUAAAAAUUGUAACCAUUGGAGAAGAGAAUUAUAGUAUUUCAUCAAGGAAUAAUAGAGUCUUUACACAAUCAAGAGCACAUUCUGUAGAAUUACAUUUUAGUGGAGUAGAAUUACAUAAACAGGCCAUCAGGGAUCACAAAGCAUAUCAUGAGUUUGUAUUUAUUUCCUGGAACUUGAGAGCUAAUCUGAAGUAUAGGCUGACCUUGCUGAGUAGAAUAUAAAAGUUAAUGUAAAGUCCUUAACUAUAAACAGUAGUCUUUUUAAAUAGAUGCAUUGAUUUGUCUUGUGUAUCUGAAAAAAUUGAUUAUGAUUAAAUAUGUGAGUAGUUAAUUACAAUUCAGGGUAAUAGGAUGUUUGGAUUCUGAGGUUUUGGCUUCUUGAGUUUUCUCUGAGUACUUGACACUUUCUUGAAUAUUUUGAGGUUUCUAACGGUAUCGUAGUUUCUACUGUUAUAUAUUAAAAUUUCUGUAGUGUUACGUAAGGGCUUUAGUAUUCUGGAUGAUGGGAGUGUUUUUUUUUUUUUUUUUUUAAUGCGGAAUGUGAUUGUUUUACUUAAUUGAAACAUUUUUCCAGUUUAUUACAAGUGUGAAAAAACACUCAAAACUCUGGAUUGUUUUAUUUCAUUUCAUUGGAUUAUGUUAAUACAUUAUUUAGUCUGGUCUAGACUGAGUCAUUUUAUCUUACUGACUCAUUGGGAAGUGUGUAGAUCAGAGAGGUGGGAGGGGUAGGAGAUAGCCAGAAUGAAUUAUCAUAACUAUACAGUUUAGUUAUUGUAUGAUAUUAUACAAAAUUUAUUAAAUCCACUGUUGCUUGUAAUCUAAGUAUAUUCAGUGCCUGUGCUGCCAGGCAACAAUGAGCAUGUGUAGUGGCUUAUACUCAACUGAUGGAUAUUCCUACAGUUCCAACAGUAUAACUGGUUGUAUUUCUACAACCAAAGAUUUGGCAUUAACACUAGUUGGUGAUGAUUAGUUACUCCUUUGAUAGAACAGAGUGGAUAACUCACUGAUAAUGAGUAAUUACCUUUAAAAAUACAUGAUUACCUAGUUCAGCAUUUUGAAGUUCUAGUUUAAGGUCUCACUAAUUUAGUCAGAGUUUUAAGUUAAAUAAUCUGAUGAUCCUUAAAAGUUGAGUAGGUACUGAAAUACUUUUAAGUGUUUACUUUUUCCCCCAGACUCUUAUUAAUACAAAGUGUUGAGACCCUCCCAAAUGUUUAUAUUUCUGUAUUUUACUGUGUACUUUUUUCUUCAGAAACCAGGUAGUUAACCCUCUAAGCUAGGGAUCAGAAAGGGGAGGGUCUCCAUUAGAAACUUGUAGAAUGUUUUGUGUGGCUGGCAUAGUAUUUUUCAUAUAUUUGAACUUGAAUACCUCAAUCCUCUGUCUGGCAGUCACUCGUUGUCUUACAAUACCAGAUAGCUCUCAGCUCUGAUCUGUUUGUAGUAAAAUGGUCAUUUACUUUCAGUUUUGAAAUGUAGAAAAAUUAAAUGAGGUGAUUUAAAUUUUAUUCAGAAAGUAACCAUCUUUAGGAAUAUAAAUCAUGCAGUAUCAGGGAAAAAUAGAUUUUUAAAAAAAUAUAUAGGUUGGUUAAUAGAAUGUUGUUGCUCAUGAACUUGCCUUUUUCAUUGCUUUGGUUACUGAUAAUAGUGUUUUUAUUCCUACUUUUUCACCUUCCUCAAUUUGUACAUUCAAGAUUUCUUAAUUAGAGCCAUUUCCCCCAAUUUUUAAAAAGAAACCAGUUUACAGUCAACUUUAAUAAUUUUUAUAGUUUUGUUGACCCCAGAUUAUUUUUUGCUGAAAAUUAUUUUGCUUAAUUUUCAAUCUAAUUUAAAAAUGUAGUCACUAAUGGUGUUUUGAAAAAUUGCGUCGUUGGGAUAAUAUGCACAGUUUGAUUUUUAUUGGUGGCCCAACUUUUCUUUACACUGUGCCUCCAAAUGCUUUAUCUUUGGAUACCCACUGCAGUCAGUUUCCUAGACCGUCUGGCUUUUAAUGUGCUAUAGUUUGGGGUUUACAAUGUAAUAUGAGCCUUCUCUCUUUCAUAAAGCCAGAUAACUACACCAAGUAAAUUGUAAAAGACAGACUUAAAUAGUUGGUUUACUAUGACUGAACUGAACUAUUAAAAGCUCUCUAAGGGUAGUGUUCUUAAGGUCUUAGCUACAAAUGACUAUUUCCCUAAAUUGUAAGGAAGACCACAGCAAGUUUACAUGUCAUUUAUCUGCCCCCAUCCAAGUUUUGGUAGAUUUGUAGCAACAGAUGUAAAAUAACUUUGUCUCUUGCUUAUAUUGUCCAUUUUUACUAAUUGGAAAGAUGAUCUAAAAAUAUAUAUGGUAGAGGAUGGAGAUGUUAGAAAGUAAUUCUUUUUGGUUACAGACACCAUUGUAAACUCUUGUAUGGAUUUAUAGAUGGUAUUAUGGUAGAAGUGUUUCAGCACAAGAAAACAAUUUGUACUGAGUUACCAGUUUAGUUGUCAGAGGCUUUUGAAUUAUCCAGGUUGAUUGCGCCAUUCUUUUUCUUUAAGGAGUCUAAUUUAGUAAUAUGGAUUUCUUAUUUUUGAAGUCAGGAGUUUUAAUUUUUGCUGUGAUAAGUAGAACUCUCCUUUAAAUAAAAAUGACAGAAUGUAAAGUA